AGAAUAUAGGCUGGAGAGUAAUAAUACAGUUAUAUAUGGAUACUACAAAUGAGAUGACAGCUAUGGGAACAUAUGUAAAAGAGUUCCCCUGUUGCCUUGUUGCCCUGUUGCCGAUGCCAAUCAAUAGAGAUAGAGAAUCCUCCAAAGACAAAGAGAUACCAUCCUAGUUUGACUUGUCAUCCCAUUGAGAAUCACAAAGAAAAUUGCUGUAAAAAACAGGAGAGAGUUUUGAAUCUAUGACAAGGGUUUAUUGAGAAGAGAUUUGAAGAGAGAAAAGAAAAAGGAAAGAGAAAAAGAGAGAGAGAGUGAGAGUGAGGUGGGUUGUGGCCCAUGGCUUCUUGUCCACCGUUUGAAUUCUCCAGCAAGUAUUAUCAAGUAUCAGAUGGAGGAGGGUGUGUGAGGCAGAGCAGCUUCUUCCAAGGAAAAGCAGUGCUCAACCAAGGUGUUGGCUACUCUGUUAUUCUUGGUUUUGGUGCCUUCUUUGCUGUCUUUACCUCUUUUCUGGUAUGGCUGGAGAAGCGAUACGUUGGUUCCCGACAUACAUCAGAAUGGUUUAACACUGCAGGCAGAAAUGUAAAAACCGGACUAAUCGCCAGUGUGAUCGUAUCCCAGUGGACUUGGGCUGCCACAAUCUUGCAAAGCUCCAAUGUAGCAUGGCAGUAUGGAGUUAGCGGCCCUUUCUGGUAUGCCAGUGGAGCUACCAUCCAGGUACUCUUGUUUGGCAUCAUGGCUAUAGAGAUCAAAAGAAAGGCUCCUCAUGCUCAUACUGUUUGUGAAAUAGUUAAAGCUCGGUGGGGCACCGCUGCUCAUAUCGUCUUCCUCACUUUCUGCUUUAUGACAAACAUUAUUGUUACUGCUAUGCUUCUUCUUGGGGGCUCGGCAGUGGUGAAUGCACUCACUGGAGUAAACAUCUAUGCUGCAAGCUUUCUGAUACCGCUCGGGGUUAUCGUUUAUACAAUAGCUGGAGGACUAAAGGCCACCUUCUUGGCGAGCUAUAUUCAUUCUGUGAUAGUCCAUGUGGUCUUAGUCAUCUUCGUGUACCUAGUUUACACGGCCAGCAACGAGCUUGGGAGCCCCAAUGUUGUAUACAAACGGUUGAUGGAGGUUGCAGGCAAGUCGAGGAUGUGCCAAGAGCCAUCUUCCCAUGAUGGGCAAGCUUGUGGCCCUGUAAAUGGGAACUACAAGGGGUCUUAUCUAACGAUGUUGAGCUCUGGGGGGCUUGUGUUUGGGAUCAUCAACAUUGUUGGCAACUUUGGUACUGUUUUUGUUGACAAUGGAUACUGGGUGAGCGCCAUAGCAGCAAGGCCUUCAUCUACACAUAAGGGUUACCUGUUGGGUGGGCUGGUGUGGUUCGCUGUGCCGUUCUCUUUGGCAACAUCACUAGGCCUAGGAGCACUGGCGCUUGAUCUACCAAUAACUGAAAGUGAGGCAAGUCAUGGACUUGUUCCCCCUGCUACAGCCAUAGCUUUGAUGGGAAAAGCCGGAUCAAUUCUGCUUCUCACGAUGCUUUUCAUGGCUGUAACUUCUGCUGGUUCCUCUGAGCUAAUAGCAGUCUCCUCACUAUGCACCUAUGACAUCUAUCGUACUUACAUAAACCCGAAUGCAAGUGGGAAGAAAAUCCUCCAAGUUUCAAGGAUGGUUGUCCUGGGAUUCGGGUGUUUCAUGGGGCUUCUGGCAGUGAUCCUGAACAAGGCAGGAGUUUCCCUAGGAUGGAUGUAUCUGGCCAUGGGAGUACUAAUUGGAUCAGCUGUUCUACCCAUAGCUUUCAUGCUUCUCUGGAGGAAAGCAAAUGCAUUUGGCGCUAUUCUUGGCACAGUUACAGGGUGUAUUCUAGGAGUGAUCACUUGGUUAUCGGUUACAAGCAUCGAGUAUGGGCAGGUGAACCUUGACACAACUGGGAGGAAUGCACCUAUGCUUGCUGGAAACCUUGUUUCCAUUCUAACUGGAGGAGCUGUUCAUGCUGUGUGUAGCCUUUUGUGGCCUCAGAACUAUGACUGGGACACAACUAGGCAGAUAACUACGGUGGAAAAGGAGAAGAGUGAACUGCCAGCAGAAGAGUUCAGAGAGGAGAAGCUGAUCAGAGCAAAGGCAUGGAUCGUGAAAUGGGGUGUUGGCUUUACUAUCGUCAUUGUUAUACUCUGGCCUCUGCUCUCCCUUCCAAUAGGGAAAUUCAGUAAGGGGUAUUUCACAUUCUGGGCAAUCAUAGCUGUAGCAUGGGGUACAAUAGGAUCAGCUGUCAUCAUCGCUCUACCUCUAGUAGAAAGCUGGGAAACGAUCCAAAAUGUGUUUCUUGGGAUGUUUACAAAUGACAGGCUGAUGGAGAAGAUUGAGGAGAUGAAUAUCAAGUUGCAGUCCAUAAUACUGUCUAUUCCUGAAGCAGAACGAACAUACUUAAUGGAGAAAGAGAAACUGAAGAAGAAAGAAGCAUCAGAGUACCUAGCUCAUUCUACUCCAAAUUUAUGAACUCAAGAAAUGAGGAAUGUUUUCUAGCUUUUACAGUGUAUAUUUACAUAUUUAUGUAAAGGAAACUAUGAGGAAUUGUAUAAUGGAAUUGAUGUUCUACAAA